AUCUCACUCCCAACUCCACACAAACCUAAAACCCAAAUCUCUAUUCUCCCAUCUAACCUUUUGCAAAACCCAAUCCUAAAGUGCACUAUGAAGUUUCAAAACAUUUCUACCCUCCUAAUUGUUUGUGUUGUUUUUGGAAUUGUCUUUAGCCAUACAGGCGUAGUUGAUGCAACUCGAGUGCUCUUAGGGUCUGGACCAAGUCCAGGCGGUCCAGGACAUGGUACAAAACCUCCAGUUGAUCCAUAUACGUUCAAAGCAAAGGAAAGCGUCAAACCAUGGCUUGAAAACUUAGGUUCUGGACCAAGUCCAGGCGGUCCAGGACAUGGUACAAAACCUCCAGUUGAUCCAUAUACGUUCAAAGCAAAGGAAAGCGUCAAACCAUGGCUUGAAAACUUAGGUUCUGGACCAAGUCCAGGCGGUCCAGGACAUGGUACAAAACCUCCAGUUGAUCCAUAUACGUUCAAAGCAAAGGAAAGCGUCAAACCAUGGCUUGAAAACUUAGGUUCUGGACCAAGUCCAGGCGGUCCAGGACAUGGUACAAAACCUCCAGUUGAUCCAUAUACGUUCAAAGCAAAGGAAAGCGUCAAACCAUGGCUUGAAAACUUAGGUUCUGGACCAAGUCCAGGCGGUCCAGGACAUGGUACAAAACCUCCAGUUGAUCCAUAUACGUUCAAAGCAAAGGAAAGCGUCAAACCAUGGCUUGAAAACUUAGGUUCUGGACCAAGUCCAGGCGGUCCAGGACAUGGUACAAAACCUCCAGUUGAUCCAUAUACGUUCAAAGCAAAGGAAAGCAUCAAACCAUGGCUUGAAAACUUAGGUUCUGGACCAAGUCCAGGCGGUCCAGGACAUGGUACAAAACCUCCAGUUGAUCCAUAUACGUUCAAAGCAAAGGAAAGCGUCAAACCAUGGCUUGAAAACUUAGGUUCUGGACCAAGUCCAGGCGGUCCAGGACACGGCACAAAACCUCCAGCACACGUCGCCUAGAUGGUGCCAUCUCUGGGUUUCGUAGAUUAACUAUAAGUGAAGUAAUUAUGAAUGAAGUGUAAUUAUUGAAUCAGCUAAGAAUGAAGUUAGGAUAAAAUGUAAUACCAAGCUGAUUCAAUAUAAUCAUAAUAAAUGAAACCCUUCUUUAUUUUUGUUCACCAA